CAGAAAAUCAUUACUCGAUUCUAAGCUUUAUUCAGCUAAACAGCUGAGCGAUAAAAUAAUUUAUUCAAUAAAUUAAAAAAUGAUUGUUGAACCCGUCGUUCUCGUAGCGGCUAUCUUGGCCGUUGUCACUUCUAGCCAGAGCUUCAGCAUCGGUGCGCGGCCGGAAGUCGUGAUAUUCAAGGAGACUGAAAUCGACCCGGAAGUCAUGAUUGUGGAAAAAGCAGCUGAACUCAGCGAAAGUGAAUCCCCAUCUGAAAAUCAACAGAUCCAGAAGCUUGUAGAAGUCGAAAUAAUCAGCGGGAGUGGUUCCUCACCCAGCGGAUCUGGAAACCUACGCGUCUAUGAGGUCGCGGAAACUGAUCCAAUCAGCGGGAGUGGUUCCUCAUUCGGUGGAUUUGGAAAUGUACCCGUCUAUGAGAUUGCGGAAAGCAAUAUAAUCGGCGGGAGUGGUUCCUCAUCCAGCGGAUCUGGAAAUCUAGACGUCUAUGAGAUUGUGGGAAAGGGUGUAGUCAGCGGGGGCGGGUCCUCAUCCGGCGGAUCAGAAAAUCUACAGGUCUACGAGAUUGUGGGGUACGGUCAUCUCCACGGGGCCUCAUCCGACGGAUCGUCCUGGAAGAUCAUCGAGUUGAGUUGAUAAACUACUAAUGUGAUGAACCUGCUAUAACUGGAAAAUGCUGUCGAGGACUUCUCUCCCACAAACUGUAUUCACCCAUCGAUAUCUUUCCAAUUCGGAACGAGAAAAUCUAAUUUAUUAUAAACAUUGUGAAUUGAAAAUGGGAGAAUAAUAAAUUUCAUUAAAUUGAACAAUUGAACAAGUGA